UGUAAAUCGUCUGGGAUCUUUUUAGUGGUUAAAAUGUCUCGACAAACAUAGUAAAUCGCAUUAAAUUUUUCCUAUCUUUAAAAUAUCCUGUGAAUCCUACUUUUAUGAGAGAUUUCAUUAGUACUUUGAAUAUGUGGGAAUUAUUUUACGACAAACCUGAUUACAACUUUGAUGAUUCAAAGGCACGAUUAAGUUAUACUUAUGUAAUCUAAGCGAUAGGAUUCUAUAAUUUUGGAGGUCACUAAAUGCAAUUGAUCAUUAGCUUUAUCUGCUGUUUUUAAGCAAAAUGAGGAUUACUGCAGAUCAUAGUGCUUGGUAUAAUUUCAAGACUGCCUGACCUAGAACAUGGUUUCAAGAAUCUGCCGUAGAUUUUGCUACAAAUCCGCGUUAAGUAUAGCACACGCCGAUAAGAUGUGCGAUCAGACACACCUUACGGACAAACCCGAUGAUUUUCAGGAAUUGACCAACGUAAAGAAGAUGAUGCACCAAUUUCCGUUCGUGGUGAGAGAUUCGAUACUCAGAACCGACCCCGAAAUGCGUGGGGUGGUCGAACGUUACGACGAAUUGUGCUACUACACCGGACCGGAGCGUGAUCUUUACCCAGGUCCAGUUUUGAUGGACUGCUACACGGCUCUGGAAUCACCCGAAAAACUGACAUGCGACCGCCUGAAGAUGGCGACCAUGUUAUCCUGGGCCUUUGAACAUGCAGCAACGUGCAUUUUAAUUGUUGACGACGUCAUGGAUGAAAGUGUUGAGCGAUGGAAGAAACCAACUUGGCACACGCUCCCUGAGGUUGGUAUGCGAGUCGCUUUGGACGUGAAUCUGAUCAGGAUGGGUGCUUUUGCAAUUCUUAGAAGAUAUUUGAACCACCAUCCAAAUUACAAACACUUCCAUAACCUGUUAGCUGAAAUUAUACAGCAAAGCCACCUUGGGCAAGCAUUAGACGUUGCCACGUCGGGCCUUUUCAGAAAAACUAGAGACAUUAGUUUGCUCUCAUUUGAUGAAUUCCAGGCUAUAACUGUAUACAAGACACACUUCGUUAUGUAUGUCGCACCUGUACUGUCAGCAAUCUAUCUUGCAGAGCUGGAUCCGGAUCUGUAUUUCGACUCAGUUCGCCUCUUUAGGAGCUUUUCGGUGUACCGCCAAGCUCAGAACGACAUGUGGGACGUCUUCGGUCACCACGUAAAUGUUGGAAAGGUUAGUUGCGAUAUCGCAAAUGGCCAGUGUACCUGGAUUACGUCAAUGGUUUUGAUCCACGGCAGCGAGAAGCAAAAGGAGCUUCUCCAGGAAAACUACGGAAGAGCGGAGAUUAGUUGCCGAAACGUUUGCUACCGUAUUUUUGAGGAACUGGAAGUUUUGGGUAAAUACGUGGAGUUAAAAGAAGAUUUGGUUAGGUCCUGUGCUGAACGUAUCAGUGAGGUCUCACAUCCUGGAUUCGCCAGGAUGAUUAACACUCUACUGGAGCACUAUGUCGUACAGGAAGACUUCCUUUUGUAGUUGCACCACUUUAAUGCUUUCCUUGUGGGGGACGAGAACCUAUUGAAAUGUUACAUCUGUUACAACCCUAUUUAAAUAAAUAACCUUAAAGGAAUCCAUUAUGUGAGAGAAGGGCAGUAAAUAAAA